GAGCAAUUUAAAAAUUGAGCGAUUAUCUUUAGAAAAUGUUAUAGAACUGGCCAAAAGGGUCUAUUGCUGGCUUUAGAAAAUGUUAUAUAACUGGCCAAAAGAGCCGAUUGUUAUGUAUGUAACUUGUAGUUUUACAAUCAUGCCUCAUGAUGAUUCAAGAGUGAUUUUCAGAGAGAAGCAUAUUAACUAGCAGAGCCUAUUGGUGAUUUGGGUUUGUCUUUUACAAGUAGAGUAAGGAAAUACGAUAAAAGUUCUUAUUAAAGGGAAGCUGUGAGCUUGAUGCCUCUUUUUAGUUGUAUUCAGGGGUGAUGAUCUGGGUUCUUGGGCUUGUCCGGUGAUCAGAUAAGAUUGAGACUAUUCAGAAGUCCCAAGUAAGAUCAUUUCUUCAAGGUAAGAUCAGAAGUUCUCUAAUGUGAUUUGAAGGUAAAGAUGAAAUCUUUGAGUAGUGUAGGACUUGGUCUGAGUGUAGUUUUUGGUUGCCUUUUCUUGGCUCUUGUUGCUGAGCUUUACUACUUAUUGUGGUGGAAGAAGAAGUUAACACACAGAGAGAUGGAAAAUGACUACAGCGGCCCAGCAAGGGAGCUAUUCUACAUGUUUUGCUGGAAAAGGUCUAGUUCGGUCAGGCACACGGCUUUGGAUCCCCAAGAAAUCCGUUCCUCUGUGGGAAUCACAGGCACCGACGUCCAUGAACCAGAAGGGCAGCUUCAUAUGCAGUCAAACAAAAGUUUUUUGCUUAAACCCUGCGAAGAUGACGACAUGGAGGCAGAGUUUAUGAGGCUACAAAACCUUUCAGGCCCCCCAAGAUUCCUCUUCACAAUUAUAGAGGAAACGAAGGAGGAUUUAGAAUCUGAAGAUGGCAAGUCUAGGGGCGACAAGAGUGGAAAGGGGUCGAGAAGUAGAAGCUUGAGCGAUUUACUUCUACCAACAGAGACUCCAUAUUUGACCCCUCUUGCUUCUCCUUCCUUUUUAACUCCCCCUCUUAAUCCUAUGAACUCUAACAAUCAGCAUGGAUUCAACCCUCGCUUUGAAUCAAUUGCAGAUGCAGAAUUCAACAGGAUAAAGUCUUCUCCCCCUCCAAAAUUCAAGUUCUUGCUGGAUGCUGAGGAGAAACUAAAAAGAAAGUUAACGGAGGAAGCCAAAGAAAGGGUUCGUAACACGGGCGUGUUUGUCCAUGACAACAGAGAUAAAGCUUCCCCGUCAAAGUUUCACGAAAACGAUCAAGGGUCUUUCAUCACAAUCAUUGUUGAUAAGCACAAAGAAAGAGAGCUUAAUCAACAUGCACAGAAGUGCCAUUCAAGCACUUCACAGGUACUUCCUCUGGCUUCUUCACCUUCACCAUUCCGAUUUCCGAUCACCGGUUAACAAAGAAACCUAGUUUACAUUAAAGUUCUAUUAACCAAAAAGAAAUGGGGUUGCCUUCCUCUUUUUUUUUUUACCCCCCAUGUAAUAUUUUAUUAGAGAUUUUCAUGUUCGUCGGGUUCUUGGGUUCAUUUUAUUUCUCAUGGCCAUGUUUGGGGAUGCAAUUACAAGAUAAACAUGCUUAACCCUUGUGCA